GUAUUAUUUUUAUAUCAUCUACAGUCUUGUUUUGUACUGCAAACAUUAGAAGUGUAAAUAAAAACGCGUUCAAUUUAAUUUUUACGUUUAUAUCAACAUGAAUUAAAAUACAUAUACGAAAAUGAAAAUUAAUGUGCUCACAGUAACGUAUGCUAUAAAAAAUCUAAUUGAAAGUAUAGAUGAUUUUAACAAUAAACCGAUAGUUUCAAAUGACGAAUUAUCAAUUGAAUUUAAUUCGGAAAUAUAUCAAGACGACAUAAAAAUCGAAUACGACAAUUUGAAUGAUAUUGAUGUUAAGGACGACAUACAGUUGUAUGAUCCUGAUGUAAUUGAAAUAAAAUCCGAACUGAAUUACACAGAUGAACCAGAAAUAGUCGAAUACAACGAGGAAUCAAUCGAAGAUGUUGAUUUAGAGACGUUGAUUCCACAACAGUUGAUAGCGUGCAACCAAAACAUAAAUCCGUCUAUUUUAAUCGCCCUUUACGAAACCUUCCUGUCAGCCAACGUGCCUUUGGAAAAAUUGGAUCACCCCUCUUUCAAACACUUCCUCCAGAACUACUGCAAGAUAAACGUGUCCAACGAACCAGAAAUGCGACACGACUAUUUGAGGGGAUUCACCGAAAAUGCCAUACGCGAAAUCAGAAGUAACCUGAACAAGUGCCACCUCUGGGUUGGCGUGGACGAUUUGAACGAAAACAUCUGCGUCGUAAUUGGCAAUUUGUAUCCGGACAAGCCUACGAAACGGUACUUUUUGGGGUUGAAAGAAGCCGGCGAUGCAAAAGACAUAUUUCGAUUCGUAAAAAAGUCCUUAACUUUGGUCCAAGCGCAAGAGGUGUCCUUACUUGUGACGUCCGGAAGCUGCCGGGUGCACGAAGCCGGUGAACUCCUUGCCCGCGACCGUCCGAACCUCAUCCACACCAGGUGUCUGGUGCAAACCCUGCACACGAUAUGCGAAUGCGUCCUGGACGAAUACGACGACCUUCUUCAGUUGAUUUUCGAAACCGGCCGCCUGUGGAAGAGCGAAUAUCAAUCGUUCGUGCGCAAGCAAUUCCCGGACGUCCCCAACCCACCGCAUUUCGACCCCAACAAACCCAGCACGUGGAUCGAAAACGUAGAGUUUUACUUCAACAACUACCAAGCUUUGGAAUAUACAAUCCGGACGUAUCGAGCUCAAGUACCGAACUUCCGACGGAUCAAAAACAUAUGGAGGAAUAAGAACAUCAGAUACCGUCUGGCUCUGGUCAAAUCUUACUGUGGAAACAUUCCUAACACCAUUCAAAAAUUGAAAGAUGAAAGUUUGCCACUGACCAAAUCGAUGGAAUUGUUUCAAAUUGUGUUGGAGGAUUUGCGCACGAACAAAUGGAGCGUUCAGUUACAAAAUUAUUUUGAACAGCUUAAAAACGAUGCCGGGCUUGUGAAAAUCAAUCAGAUCGUUCACGAAUACAACGACACUGUUAAAGUUAAGAACGCACACUUCCGAUUCGCUUCUCUUGUUAACGAAUCCAGAAGAUGCGAAAAUUACAAGACUGUUCUUACAAAUUUAGAACAGUUUCAAAGUUCUAAGGCUUUGAUUACUAAUUUUAAUGAUUUAUAAUUAUAUUAUUUAAAAAUUGUUCAAUUAAAAAAAUAAAACCUUAAGUUAUUCAA